AUGAAUAGCGAAGAAGAGCCAACAAUACACUAUACCGUACGAGUUCUUACGAAAGUAAAGCAACCUGGUGCUAUUACAAGAUCCAUUAAUGGUGCAUCGAUGGUAGUCUCAAGCCAAGAAACGUUUGGAGCAGUGCUAAAUAGAAGCGGCCUGGGCACAUUUUUCUGUGAAUGCAAAAAGCUAUCGAUACGAGUACCAGAGAAUACCCUCGAUCAUAUUCUUCGGCCGGAUUUGGACAGCAAGAACGUCCUCGACAGUCGCGUUGGAAGACAUCUAUCCGCAAGGGGUGUAUCAGAAAUAAUUUACCACCUCAACUUCGUUGAAUUGAACAGUAAACCAAUUUUUUGUUGCAACUGCAAUCAUCUAUCGGACAUCUACCUCACAUCUCCAGCAACAAUAUAUAAUCCUUGUCGUUAUUGCUGUGAGCAACGCGUUUGCCCUACCAUAAAUCCAUCAGCUUUGAAUAACAAUGCACAGCCAUCACAAGAGCGUUCGCGAUACAGAACGCCAACCCCCUAUCCCUCUACCAACGUUGUUUCUUUCGCUGAUGAAGAAUACGAUCUGUGUAAAAUAGCAGAUAAUGAUCAACAAGGCCCAUUAACUAGAGGAGCAGCAGCAAGAAAACGAGCCGAGAAAGAACCAGAUCCAGUUCAUCUUUCACCACGUCGUACUCUCCCCCAUGACCACAAGACAUUCGUUUUCGUAUGGGGUGCUGGAUACAGUGGGCAGAUUGGGCUUGGGGAGGAAAAGCUAUUCGUAGAGACUCCUGCACCGUUGAAAAAACUGAGCUAUAAAAAUAUAUGUGAUAUUGACGUUGGGUAUUUUCAUAAUGUGGCCUUGACUGAUAAAGGGACUUUGUGGUCUUGGGGCGAGAACAAUUACGGAAGUCUUGGACGAGUUACUAAAAACUCUGAGUGGGGAGAAUAUGUACCUCAGCCCGUUGACGGACUGGAUGGUGUAAAAAUCGUGAGAGCAGUAUGCGGAAGAGAGUUUACGUUUGCAUUAAGUGAGGAAGGACGCUUGUAUGCCACGGGAACAUUCACGUCAGCUGAAGACAAUACUAAAAUAUUCGGUCUUUCCUGUCUGAAACCCAACAUCUGCCAAUUUACAUUCACGCUUUAUAAACCAACUGAGAAAAUGCGAUUCGUCUCCCUUGCAGCUGGUCGCAAUCACAUGUUGGCUCUUACGUCGGAUGGACGAGUAUACAGCUGGGGUGACUCUGCAUAUUCGUCCCUAGGUAGACGUAUAUCUACCCGUAAUCCAUAUGCAUGUUUGAUACCAGAACGUAUAGCAGAAUUGAGUAAUAUUGUAAGCAUAGGAAGUGGAGCGCAUCACUGUUUUGCGGUCAGGAGGGAUGGAAAAGUGUUUUGUUGGGGAUUAAAUGAUUAUGGACAAUGUGGAGUUAAGAGUAUCGGGACUUGUGUUGAGUUUCCGGUUCAACUCGAAUUCGCGGAAGGAAAAAGAAUCAGAGAGAUCAGAGGAGGAAGGUACAUGUCGGCUAUUUUGUUGGAUGAUGGCAAAGUAUACAUGUUUGGGAGGAAGGAAUGGCUGGGAAUAGGAUGUCGAGGAAGUGACAAAAUUGCAAUAGAGCGUGGCGAUAAAGAGAGCAACGGGCAAAUGACACAACCUAAAUCAGUUAUUGUUCAGUCGUCAUCAAUUGUUCCUACAUCAGCUCCCUCUUCUACACCGAUAAUCUCAUUGACGACUCCUUAUGAAGAUACUUUUUCGACCUCCAAACACUAUACCGAGUUUAUAGCAACUCCAACACUAGUUCAUACAAGUGCCUCCUACUGUUCAAUAGCUGUCGGUUAUGGUCAUACUCUUGCAUCCACCAAGUGUUGGAAUUCGCACGCCUGGGGACGUGGGGACUUUUAUGCUCUUGCCAACGCACCAGCGAUUAGGGUUCCCGGUGCAGACGAGCAUAGUCCGUAUACUAUAAAUGACAGGAAUUUAACUGGAUUCAAAGUCGUUGCGGUUGGUGCAGGAACUCAGCAUUCUGUUGCUUUGGCUUGGAGGGAGCAGCAAUACACGCUUGUCUCAUAG